AUGGAUGACGAAGACCUCCGCCAGACGGAGCUCGAGGCCCUCGAGGCCAUCUAUCCCGAGAUCCGCCGUCCGGACGUCGCCAAUGAUCCGUUCACCUUUGAGGUGGAUCUGGCCAUACAGCCAGAGGCACCAGUCACGGUCACUUUUCCGGCUCCUGCCAUCGGAGUCGGUGCUGCAGGCGGCCAUCGAGAACCCAACACCGCCAACGGUCAUCCGGAGGAGGACUUACUCCAGGUCUCUCACCUGCCACCUCUGUCGUUGCGAAUGUCCCUCGGAGACGGCUACCCGCAGAAAUCCCCGCCUCAGGUGAGGCUGUCCACAGACCCCCAGUGGCUGACCAGGGAGACGCUCGACAGGCUCGAGGCCGACGCCCGCCAGCUCUGGGAAGAGAUGGCCCGUGAUCUUGUAGCGUACGCAUACAUCGACCAGCUCCAGCGCUCUGCUGACGAUGUCUUCGGCACCGUGGACCCAGACGGUACGCUCCACCUCGACGCGCAGCACAAGCUCGCUGUCUUGGACUACGAUAUCGAAGCCAAGAAGGCGGCAUUCGAAAAGGAGACGUUCGACUGCGGCAUCUGUCUUGAACCUAGAAAGGGCUCAAAAUGUCACAAGAUGCUCGACUGCGGUCACAUCUUCUGCCUGGGGUGCUUGCAGGACUUCUACAACGAUGCCAUCACGGAAGGCAGCGUAGCCACGGUACGGUGUCCCGCACCUAACUGCGCAAAAGAACGAGCAUCGGCCCUGGAAAAGGAGGGCAAGAAGACGAGGAAGCCAAAGAUGGCCAUCAGUCCUAGUGAGCUCCUCCAGAUCGGACUGUCCGAGGACACGGUGAAGCGCUACGUUAUGCUCAAGUACAAGACGGUACUCGAGUCGGACAAGAGCACAAUCUACUGCCCGCGGCAGUGGUGCGGCGGCGCUGCAAGGUCCGAGAAGCACAAGAAGCCAUCCGGACUCGACUUCGCCGAGACGUCCGACGCCGAGUCCGAGGAGGAUGAGCGGCAGGACGGGGCAGGGGAGAACGGAGACGGCAGAGACAGGGCCGCCGCCGAGAAGAAGGGCAAGGAAGAGAUGGAGCCGGCCGACAUGCUGGCCGUGUGCGAGGACUGCCACUUUGCCUUCUGCAGCCGCUGUCUCCAGACGUGGCACGGCGAGCUGAACCGGUGCAUGUUCAAGGCGAGGGCGGAGGAGAUCUCGGAGCAGGAGCAGAAGUCUCUGGAGUACCUCGAGCUGUACACGAGCCCGUGCCCGACGUGCGAGUGUCGCGCUCAGAAGACGCACGGGUGCAACCACAUGAUCUGCCCCCGCUGCCACACGCACUUUUGCUACCUCUGCUCGACGUGGCUGAACCCGUCCAACCCCUACGCGCACUACAACCCAGACUCGGUGAGCCCAUACAUGCAGCACGUCAGCACUGCCUGCAAGGGCAGGCUCUGGGACCUCGAGGACGGCCAGGGGGAUAACGUCUUGCCGAUGGAGAUCCGGGCCAGAGGGCUGAGAGACCAGGGCGACGAUCGACAUCAACAUCAAGGCCAAAAUCACGUGCGCGGUGAUGGGGACGACGAAGGCGACAACGACGGCGACGAUGGCGACGGAAACCAUCGCAGGCCGGGCAUCGUGUUCCAGGCCAAUGCUAACGGAGACGGGGCGGUAGCAGCUGAGCGUAACAUGGUGGUGGCGCGAGAGGCACCUCUGGUGCUUCGCUUAAUGGACGAUCAGACCAACAACAACAACAACAACAACAACAACAACAAUAAUAAUAAUGUUCGCCGUCCCGACGCCGGUCAAAGGAGGCAGAGACAGCGACGACGCCCUAUCCCUGAUGCAGCUGCAGGUCAACAAGGUGCAGAUGCAGGUAGAGUCGGAGGGGGUGGCGCAAGGGGGAACGGAGGUCGCGGAAGAAGAGGAAGAGGAGGUGGUGGAAGGCGACGAGGAGGUCACGGAGGCGGCGGCGCAGCAGCAGAAGCCGCAGCCGACGCCAGGAGAGUUUAUGGCGAAGCGGCGCAUGGACGACAGGCGCAGGCGCAGGCGCAGGCGCAGGCGCAGGCGCAGGCUCUCGCCCAGGCUCAGCAGAUGCAGGCACAGGAAUGGGGAGCCGCCCAGGUGGACUGGGUGGAUAGGUUUGUGCAGAUGGCCUUUCUUGAUAACGAGGAUGAGGUUGAUGCGUGGGAGUCUGAGGACGAGCUGCUAUUCCUGAUAGACUAA